CAUUUAAGCACUUAAAUGACAAAAUGACAUUGUUUCUGUUGUGGAAAAAGUAAUUAAAAAAAAAAAACUGAUCCUUUAGAAAACUUAAAAUUCUGAGGUGCAGCACGGUAAGUUAGAUUGAAAUGGUAACAUUUCAUGUACAUUGUAAGUAAGAUUGAAAAUAUCUCAGAAACAGUGCAGAAGUAGUGUGCAAGUCUUUCUAAAGUUAAUUUAUUAGUAAGAGAAAAUUCCAAAUAAAAUCUGCUAAAAUUUUAAGGCCUAGGGAUGGAUUGCGUGCUGUAUAAAAAGAAGUCUGUAAUUUGAUGUAAAGUGACAUGAAGUCUGUUAAAUGAAAAAUGUGAAGUGAAGUACUAUAAGCAUAUAUGCUGGAUAAUCAUUUUCCCUGAUGGUAACAAAGGAUAUGUUUUCACAGUGCAGUUGUGCUGCUUCAUUUUCUUUUUUUCCUUCUUCUGUCUAUGCUGUUUACUCACCUGUUGGCAUUACUGCUGUUGUACUUGUUCAGCUCAGUCAAAUCUCUAACAAAAUAAAAGGGUAUCUCUUUUUUGUUGUCUGUUUUUGAAAUGUUAACGUGGUUUUGCUCCUUGAGCAUGUGUGUGACCAUACUUUGAAACCAGCGUACCAGAGAUAACAGGACACGGAGAGGAGGAUCAGUGGAAAAAACAUUGGAAGCAAAAGCAAGACUUUUUGGCAGUGUCAUAGCGGUAAUCCUACUCAAACUAUGUUGUUAAAGAAACAUCCUAAAAUUCUUUAUCUAAAUUUGUGACUCUAGAAGUGGUGACAAGCAUGGUUACUACUGAAGCUAUAUGUUAAUGUAUUUUAAUAAUAUUAAGUAACGGUAGGAAAAUAAGAUGAGAUAGUUUGCAUGUAAAAAUGACCUGUGUAUACCUUGAUACUUUAAAGUCAUAUUCUACUAUUUGGAUGUCAGUUACAGAAAUACAAAAUCACUUCUGUGCUAUAUCUAAUGACAGCUGAAUCAGGUUUUUUUUUCUAAAAUCUUCCAUUUUUGUGCUUAAUCAUGUUCCACACCAUUACGUGGUGACCUGAGCUUUUUUCAUCACGUUCUCUCUUCUGUUUAAUGUUGAAUGGGAAUUAUUUACAAGGUAAUCAGGAAUUUUGUUAUAAUGCUUUUCGUUCCCUUCCCUCCAGUGCUGAAAUGUUGUGCACUAUUGGUUUUACUUUGAACCUAAUCCAGAAAUUGUGCAUGAAGUGCCAUGCAGCUGUGAUACUGUACUAACAGGUUACCAGCAGCUGAUUGCAGGCUUUCUGCCUGAAGUACAUCUUUAAAGCUAUGCUGAUUUUUUUUUUAUUUUUUUUUUUGUAGUUCAACACAUUGAAUUUUAGGUAUGAAAAGCUGGGAAACUCUACAGUAUGAAGCUUAAUUGGCCAAAAAUGUUCAGUCAGUGAAGUUCCUUAACAAGAGGUGGUUGUGCCAUUCAUUGCUGCCAAAAUUGGAUGGAUUUUAGUGGAUUCUGAAGUAUGACAUCAUGGCAAGAUUUCGCAGAAGAACAUGCAUCAUUUUGUUGCUUUUUAUUUUGUUUAUUUGCUCCAUAAUGAUGGCUUUGAAGACUCUGAGACCUGACAGAGCUGGCUUUGGGGACCCAUUUGGACUUGGUUUAUUACCUGAGCUUCAGCAACGGACAGAGCUCUUAGAGAGUAAAAGAAGUUCACUGAAUAGGGUUCAAGGAGAUACUGUAACACAGAUCAGUAACAUGCAUGCUGGUGUGGUCAAUACUAUGAAAGCAUCCAUGCCUCCUGUGAACAAGUUGGAAGGAGAUCUGUCUUCUCCUAAUUAUAACUUCCAUAUAUUCUAUUAUAGCUGGUUUGGGAAUCCACAGUUUGAUGGUAAAUACAUUCACUGGAACCAUCCUUUGUUGCCACAUUGGGACCCCAAAAUUGCAAACAAUUAUCCAAAGGGAAGGCAUAAUCCUCCUGAGGACAUUGCAGCCAAUUUUUAUCCUGAACUUGGAUCUUACAGUUCCAAAGAUACUUCUGUCAUAGAAGCUCACAUGAAACAAAUGCUUUCAGCUUCAAUUGGUGUAAUAGCACUUUCGUGGUACCCACCAGGUAUGGCUGAUGAAAACGGAGAACCAACUGAUGAUUUGGUGCCUAUUAUUUUGGAUUAUGCAAGCAAAUACAAUCUAAAGGUCACUUUUCAUAUUGAGCCCUACAAAGAUAGAGAUGAUCGCAGUAUGUACCACAAUGUCAAAUACAUCAUUGACAAAUAUGGAGCCCACCCAGCCUUUUACAGGCAUAAGACCAACACAGGCAGAUCUCUUCCCAUGUUUUAUGUUUAUGAUUCUUACGUAACAAUUCCUGAAAUAUGGGCGAAUCUGUUAACUGUAUCUGGAUCCCAGACUAUUCGAAAUACUCCAUACGAUGCGUUAUUCAUUGCUCUUCUUGUAGAAGAAAGGCAUAAGCAUGAUAUUCACAGAAGUGGCUUUGAUGGAAUGUACACAUACUUUGCUACAAAUGGGUUCUCUUAUGGCUCAUCUCAUCAUAAUUGGGCAAGUUUAAAAGCCUUUUGUGACAGCAACAACUUAAUGUUUAUUCCAAGUGUGGGACCAGGAUAUAUCGACACGAGUAUCCGACCAUGGAACAACCACAACACACGUAAUCGUGUCAAUGGAAAAUACUAUGAGACUGCCUUUAAUGCAGCCCUUUUGGUGAGACCAGAAAUUAUUUCCAUUACAUCUUUCAAUGAAUGGCACGAGGGUACUCAGAUUGAAAAAGCUGUCCCCAAAAAGACUGGACAAAUAGUUUACCUUGAUUAUAAGCCCCAUAAACCAAAUGUUUAUCUAGAGCUCACUCAGAAGUGGUCUGAGAAGUACAGAAAAGAAAAGGAGCAGUGGCUUAUGUGAGCUAUUUCUACUGCAGUUGUUUCUUAGCAUAUUAAAUACAGUAAGAAAGAAAUUGAGAGUGAAGACUCUGUUAUGAAAUGCCUUUAUUAUCGGUAUGUUUAAAUCCUUAUAUUGCAUUAAUGUAAAUGCACUACUACUAAAUUUUGAAGAGUAAAAAGUGUGAGAAUAUUUUCAUCUCAUUCAUUACUGUAGUUCAAGAAUGCUUUAUUUUAAUUAGUAAUUUGCAUGCUAAGCUUCAAGAACAUCUGCAUGGGAUAACUACAUGACUGAAGUAGUACAAAAAUUUGACAGAUACUUGUACACUUUAUUCAUGUACUUCUGUUUCUAAUCUAAGUGAUCCUUUAAGCUAAAUUUGAUCUUGAUAGCUUGCUUUUUGCAGGAUGCAUGUCAGUAGCGUGCGUAAACUACAGCUACUGUUUUUAUGCUUUGCACAUUGGGAGUUCUUGAUUAUAUGAUUAUCUUGUGGUAAGAACACUGUAUGUAUGUCUCAUUGUAUGUGUGCAACAUUGGUGAGUUUUUGUUUAUUUCAUUUUUAAAUAUAUAUCUCUGAAAGAUUGAGUUCCAAAGAACUACUGAAAUAUUUCUAGUUUACUUGUAUUUGUUCUAUUCAGUACAUGCUGCAUACUUUUGCACGUUACUGGAAUGCUGACAAAUUUACAUAGUUUUUCUGUGUCUGAAUUUUAUUUUAAAAAAAAUCCAACAACUAGAAAACAUAACAACAAAAAAUCCUGAAAUUUGAGAGCGGGAAAAAAAUUCUAAAAAUAUAGGGGGGAAAAAAAAACAACUAUACUUAUACAUUGUUUGUUGACUGGAGACACAGAUUUAGUUUUUAAAAACAUCAAAGAUUCUAAAGCUAAUAUUUCGCUAGUCAUACGAUGAAUAAUAAUCUUAAAUUCUGCUUUUUCAUUUAUAAUUUUUGGAGCAAUGUAAUCUAGUAGCAGUGACAUCAACUACUCAUCACUUUUACUUGAAAUCAGAUUUCUAUUUUCAUGUAUUUCCAAGAUCCAGAACAAUAGUUACUAAGGUCAUGUUAGUGUUCAAGUAAGCUGCUCAACACUUCUUUUAACAAUAUGGUGUGCCUGGAAAUUAGUUCUUUUUAGAUCUGAGAGUCUCACCUUUCCAGUGUAGUGACUACUAUUUGUUUUUCUUACUGAAGCUUGAAAAUGUCAAAUUGCAUGGAUGUGUCUCCUCAAUAAUCCAUUUCUGGGAGUUUUUUGCAGGAAGGGGACAUGGACUUUUUCAUACAACUUUACAGGAAAACAGUAGACAUUAAAUUAUUGCAGUAUAUGUCAAGUGUUUAAUCUGUAACAAAGUGGUUUUAAAAAACGACUGAUCUUGCUUUGUAGUUAAUAUGUUGUAACUGUUGUAACCACUAGAAUCCUCUCAAUUUCAACAGGGUUUAUUGUAAUUAUUCAUACUUCUUCCUUGGUUAAUUGUAGUGCUCUGUCCAUGAAGUUGUGAGGUGGAUGUGGGGACUUGUGGUUAAGAAAGAAAAUGACAAACAAAAAAAGAAAAAAGUAUACUUUUCUUUCCAAAAACUUGAGUCAUUCCAAAUAAACAUAAGUUACUGUGUGGGUUGUUCUGAAAGUAAUGUCUCCUAUUUGUUUCCAUGGACAGUACAACAGAUGCAAAGAGCGCAGUAUUUAUCAGAGUAAAUUCUCAGCUAAAAAGACCAUUUUUCAGCAUUGUCACCACUAUCAGCUAUGCAUUUUGGCCAAUGAUGAGCAGGAACCUGCAUGCCACGUCAUAAAAAUCUGCAGCAGUAGAGAUGACCUGCUGUUGCCACUGCUGAAAUGCCUCACUCUGCACACAUCCACUGUUUGGUCUCCACGGAUGUUCAGCAAGCAUUGAUGCUUGUCAGUGGUUGCCAUAUUUCUUCCUGGAGGAACUCAAUGACACACCUUUGCUUCAUACAUAUUUCUGUGUCAGGUGCCAUUCUGUUGGACUGCCCCUCUGCUGCCAUCUGUCGUGUGGCAACAGAAUAGAAUGGGCUGUUGACAGGAAGGCUCAACCUCUACUGCCAUAAUACCAACAUCCGCCUCUGACAUUGAGAGCCAACGUAAUAGGAGACAUUACUUUUGCAGCAGCUCUUGUACAAUAUUUUCUAGAGUCCUUCUGGUAUGAAAAAAAUGUUUAUGUAUCUACACUUAUUUGCAAAUUCCCGUCACUUGUCUGCAAUUAUUAAAAGUUUGAGGUAUUGCACAACCAUCUCAGCUUUUUUCAAGAAAAACUGUGGAAAUUGGGUUACAGAUAAAUGACUUGACACUUGGAAGUGCAUUUCUGGAGUUACUACAGUCUUACUAGUAUUAAUUCUUUGCAUUUUCCUGCUGCAUCUCUGCAAACUUCAGAGUGUUUCUAACAGAAACUUUUGCUUGUUUUGUUUCAAUUGCACUCAAGUGGAUAAGCUAAAGAAGAUACAGCUAUGACCCUGUUAUGAAAUAGUGUCUGAGACAUUUAAACCACUUGUUAAGAGUUUACCACUUUCAAGUGAACUGCUCUCUGUUUAUUAAGGAAAAUUGUUGAUACAUCUUUCCUGUAACUCUCUGAUAUAACUAUACAUAAUUUGUUUUUAUAAUUUGAUACCUUUAAGCUUUGCAGUUCAAAGAGCCCAUAUAGUUGAAGGGCUGACUAACUGCACUGUAUAUCUCUAUUGAAUGUAUUAUUUAAAAAUUCUUCUGAAUUCAGACCUGUAAGGACAGAUCUCUUUCUCUGCUUAAACUUUGCCAUCUAUUGUCACUGUAGUUGCCUGCACUGUUUACUAGUCAUGAGAACUGGUCAUCUUUUUUCCCAGUGACAGUUUUUAUUCAUGUCUGUAAAAGUUGUUUCUUUUGUUGCAGUUUAUGGAAGCAUUUGAAAUUUUUGUGCAGUGUUUUACAACUGCAAUAAUCUGUUUUUAUUUAAAAUAUCAUUUAUGGUAACAGCGUAGUGUAUCUUCCUUAGAAAAACUUCUGUGGUUGCUGCAAAGACAUCAUUUAGCUCUUGAUGUGAAGUGAUAUGGGCCAUGAUGCACAGGUGUCUAAUGUGAUCUUCAGAAGAAUGUAAGAAUUUCUCAAAAUAUGAUAUAAAGGAGUACUUAGAAACUUAUCACUACUGAGCACUUACUGUAUUUUUAUGUGCUUAAUAUGUUUUCAAGUCUAAAUGUGCCACUUGGAAAAAAUGUAUGUCCAAGAGUAGAACUGAUUUUGAAGAGAUCUCAUGGAAUAGCAGAUACUGGAACUACCCCACCUGCCUAGCCAAUAUUUUUUCUGUGCUUGGAGCAAAAAUCACUGCAAGUAUUGGAACAAUAGAAAUCUAAUUCUGCUGGUAGGUUACUACUGCAAUCGUAGUCAUUUUUGGAAAAAUGGCUAAAAUAUUUCUGUGGGAAAAGCUUUAUGCAGAUGCAAAGAAAUGAAAUUCUUAAAUAUAAGAACCCAGUUACUAGGCGCAGGGGAAAAGGUGGGUGUAUUUAGAAGGUAAUUGUUCCGAACUUUAAUAAGAAAAAAAAUCCAAUCAAAAUUAGGUGGAAGAGAAAGCUCUAUAAUGAGUUUCAGAUCUGAAAAGGGAUUAAGGAAUAUCUGUAUCACUUCAGCCUCACUCCCCUACUUUUCUUUCUUUCUUUCUUUCUUUCUUUUUGCCUAAUUUGUUAAAAAAAAAAAUAGUAAAUGAUUACUUUUAAUGUAUUGACUCUGAAGAAUUGCAGUUGACUCGUCUUUUUGAUGUUAUAGUUCUUAAAGUAAAUCAUGUACCAACUUUAUGCAAGCUGCAGAAUAAACAGAAUGGGAAGGUUAAGUUGGUCACUCUUCGAUGUUCUUCUGCACAUAGAGAUACCUGAAGUUACUGUUGGAGCAUUUCUAGAAGGAAAAUGCUUAUGGUCUGUGAGAUAAAGAUUUUAUGGUGUGAGGGUAUUUAAUUUCAAGGGAAACUCUGGGUUCAUUUCUACUUCUGUCAGUUGUGAUCAAGUAAAUUGUUUCAGUUUUGUGAGCUGUCUGAGAAGUGAAGCUCAGUACAUCUUCUCUGAAAGCAGGGUUUGUAUUAUCUUGCACAGGUCUAUAAACUAAUGCUGUGUUUUAAGGGAAAGAGCAUGUGCAUAUGCUGUUACUAUUUCAGUGCAACAUGUAAAUUAUGGUGAAUACAAAUUCUGUACCAGGGUAUAUCGUGUUUGCCUAGUGCCUUUCUUUUGACAGUGAUUUGUCUCUUAACAGGUUUUUGAAACAGAAGGAUGUUUAUUUUUAUUAUGAAACUUUAUAUAUACAAUGUACAUAAUUUGAAUUUCAUUUCACUCUUGAAAUGGCUCUUGAAAAGUGUUUUACAGGACUUUUUAGCACCGUGAUGAUAGUAGAAUAUAUCUCUGCGCACAUGGGCAGGGCUGCUGUUGGUGUAUUUUUUUUUAAUUAUUUUGUGGUGGUGAUUGCUUUUUUUUUUUUUUUUUUUUUUUUUUUUUUUUUUUUUUUUUUUUUUUCAGUUGAAUGUACCUAAAUCAUAAAGAAGAAGUAAACUAUUUGUAACCUAAUAGCCAUUUUAAGAUAAGUUGAAAAUCUCACUGCCAGUCUUAAGGGAUUUUAUAGGUAUUGAUCCUCAAACUUCUACUUGCUUAAAUUAGUGUCAGUAUUUCAUUUUUUUCUGUUACUUAUGACCACUACGUUAAAUGCUGUGUAAACUUCUAAAGUAAUUUUAUUUCUCAAUUUCCUUAAGAGAAUUAAGAAAAAUAUUAGCAGUGCGGAAGAGCCUGAUAAAAGUUUCAUGUUGUACAGAUACGAUUUUGUUGUGAAGGUGUAGUGUAUCUUGGUUGUGUAUUAAACAUUGAUUUAAAACAAACAAACAAAAAAAAAAACUUGUUUCUUCUAAUACUCUACCUGGCUGCUGCAGAGAUGCAUUUGCUUACAUGCAUAUAUAAAAUGUGUCUAUUUGUAUACAUUAUAUAAACAUAAAUAUGUAUCUGUAUGCAUGCAUAUAGCUUAAGUAAUUAUUUUUUUAAGUACUAUAUCAUUGAUUUAAAAUUAUAAGCUAGAUUUGGCUACCUUUAAUCAAGCAAUGUUUUUAAUUCCCUAUGGUGUUUACAAAAACAAAAGUUGGUUAUGUAUGAAUAUUAUCAUGAAAAAUAAACACAUGCCCAAAAAGUGUAGCUUAAAUAGAGUGUUUGACAGUAUUUUUUAAUAGUUUGAGUUUGGAAAAUAAUUGUUUUACUUUUUUAUCACAGUUUGAGUGUACAGUUGUAUUGAACUGAAGCAACAGGCUUACCAGUGCUUUCAAACAGACUGUGCUCCUGAAGAUUUUAGGCCUAUUUGUAUUACAUCUUUUGAGGCUAAGUUAAACUACUUGUAUGUGUGUGAUGUGCAGUAUGUGUGUGUGAUCUUCGAGUCCUGAGGUACUUCUCUUUUGACAAAGUAAAGCUGAAGUUUCUGGUUUAAACAGAAGGUUAAGAUGAGGGACACUCACAGCAGAUGGGUUUACAAGAGAAUGCUAGAAUGGUGUCUAAGAAAUCAUCGUUGUUCUUAUGGUAUAUUAUGCUGUUUGGGCAUAAAAGCCAUCCAGAAGAUGGAAACGAAGGGAAAUUACCUUCUUAGUGUUUGAAAUAUAUAUAUUGUUAUUCCUAAAAUGCUAACUAUGCUGAAUAAAAAAGAAUAAAGCUAAUUCACACUUCA